AUGUCGGCGCCGACGAAUCCCCCGAAUGCUCGGACGCCAACUGGGCCGAAUGGCGCACCGGUGAAAAGAAUGAUGCGCCGUCCAAGGGCAGCUGAUCCUUUGGUCCGACCGAAAAGAAGGCCUGUCUCCAAACCAGCGGCGGCCAUCCCCGCUCCCAAUGGGACAGCCUUGAAGACUCUUCCCUCGAGGCCACAAGUGUCAAAACCCCAGGCUAUAUUCCAUUCCGAGCGACCUAUGCUUGAGAUUGCAAACAACAGUAUGGCAGCCAACGGUUUCAGUGGCCCUUUGCUCAGUGAGAGAUACUUUGAUUAUCCUGUGGUCACAACGAAGCGAGCUAUGAUGGAGGGGCUGAAGCAUCACAUCGCGCGAUUUGCCUCGAAGAAAAGCGUCGACCCACGCGAUGAAUCACAAUUCACGCGACCAGUCCGACUUCACCGCCGAGACCCGCGUACGCGAACUCAUGAUCCAAAUUCGUCGAGGGGCGAGAUCGAUGGUCAGCCGAUGGACGAAGCCGAACGUGAGGCAUUUGAUGCUCGAAAGGCAGCACGCGAGAAAGAGCGCGCUGAGAACCUUUCUCAAAUCGCUCCCGCCCUUGGAUCGAUUUCGAAACGACCCAACGCCCCGAAACAGAAAACGCAGCAAGUCUUCAAGUCGGACAUGACUCCCGAAGAAAUCGCGAGAGCACGGAUCAAGUACGAAGAAGCGUUGCCGUGGCACUUGGAGGAUUUUGAUAAUCAACACACCUGGGUUGGAAACUACGAAGCAGCUCUGUCCGAAACACAUGCAGUGUUUGUCCUCGACAACGGAAAGAUGCGAAUGAUUCCCGCUGAAAAGUGGUACAAGUUCAACGCCAAGAGUAACUUCAAGGCUUUGACCAUUGAGGAAGCAGAGAAAUUCAUGGCCAAAAGGGUGAAGGAUCCUCGAUGGUUCAUGGAAAAACAGCAACAAAUGGAACAAGAGAAAGAAUUGGCCACUUAUGCCAAGCAGCGCAAGGUCUAUGCCGGAAAACAAGGCCUAAUGGCCGGAAAGGGCGAGGGUUUGGAGGCUGGUGAAAUGGAUUUCGAAGAGGAUCGGUUCGCCGACGACGAGGAGCACGAUGACCUCUUUAAUGAGGACGAAGAUGCCAAGGAUGCUGAAAAGAGGAUCAAAGAAGAUCAGCUCAAGGCAAAUGUGUUCGAUCUCAAGGAUGAGAAAGAGUAUGAUGCCGAAGAAGUGCGAGAGAAACGGGAACGUGAGGCCCGGCGUGUGCUGGGCAAGGGUGUACGCAAGGCCCUGAAAAGGAGAGAACGGAACUACGAUUACAGCAGUGGCUCGGACGUCAACCCAUACACAGAUGAGGAGGUAAUUGUUUUCCCGCCUAUUCUCAACGGCAACCCCAAAACUAACAUGGAACAGAGCUCUGAUGACAGCGAAACCGAACGGGCCAAGGAGGAGGAACGGAAGAAAGCAGAAGAAGAAAAGAACCAGAGAGAAGCCUCAUCCAAGGGAACAAACACUCCCUCUGGUCGACCCAAGCACACAGAUCCCCUGAAGAAAGCCCCUGGAUCUCGGAAGAGGCUUGGAUCGCCAAACGCCUCCGAUGCGAGCGGCACCGACACCUCUCGAAAGAAGGUCAAGGGCAUGCAUCUUCCCACAUCUCAACCCCCAUCGCGUCCAAUCUCUCCAUCUGCCAUGCAGAAACGCGUGCGAAACAUUCAUGGUGGCGCUGGCUCUGGCAGUGAUGUCGAUACCGGUGUUGGGUCUGGAGCGGAACUGACCGAGGGUGGCAAAAUCAAGAAGCUGAAGCUCAACCCAACUUCAGCUUCUCGUAGUGGCACCCCGCAAGGGUCUCGCGCCGGAAGUCCUUUGCCUCGACCUACCGGAAGCCGUGCUAGCAGCCCCGAUGGUCCCAGAGGUAUUCGUGUGUCCACUCCGAUUUCUGGAAUUCAAACAUUCCCAACAGCUGGAGAAAUCCAUGCAGCUAUUCCGGCAUCUGGUAUCCUCAGUAGUGACCUCUUGAAGGUCUUCCGUCCUCGCAUUGGCGAGUCGAAGGAGAACCAUCGGCGUUUCAUUGCUAUUGUCAAGGAUGUCAGUGUUUACGGAAAGGAAGACCGGAUGCUGCGUCCAGGUCCUUGGAAGGCAACCUAG